ACCAACCGUCCCACAAUGCAAAGGCCACCGGUGACGCCAUUAGACGUGCGCCAGCAGGGCUGCGAGCGGGUAGCGUCGUGGGCCCCGCCGCCUCCCACCCUGCCGCCUCCGUCGCCGCCGCUUCCGUGGGGCCCUCCGUGUCUGCGCAGCGCGGCCCGUGGCUCCCGGAGGAGCAACCAAGCGCGGGCCAGUGCGGGAGCAGGGGCGGGCCAGGCCUCGGGACCGGCUGCGGGCUCUAGUGGUGCAGGGGGCCCGGUCAACCCCGCGUCGCUGCCUCCGGGAGACCCGCAACUCAUCGCUCUCAUAGUGGAGCAGCUCAAAAGUCGCGGCCUCUUCGACAGCUUCCGCCGGGACUGCCUGGCCGACGUGGACACCAAGCCAGCUUACCAGAACCUGAGGCAGAAAGUGGAUAAUUUUGUGUCAACACAUCUGGACAAACAGGAAUGGAAUCCUGCAAUGAACAAGAACCAGUUGCGGAAUGGGCUGAGGCAGAGCGUGGUUCAGUCAGGCAUGUUGGAAGCAGGAGUGGACAGGAUCAUUUCUCAGGUGGUGGACCCCAAACUAAACCACAUCUUCAGGCCACAGAUAGAACAGGGCUGA